AUGUAUAUCGGUGAAUCCGAAGCCAACGUCCGUCGUGUCUUCCAGCGUGCUCGGGAUGCUCGCCCGUGUGUUGUGUUCUUUGACGAGCUGGACUCCGUUGCGCCUAAGCGUGGCAAUCAGGGUGAUAGCGGUGGCGUUAUGGAUCGUAUUGUCAGUCAGCUUCUCGCUGAGCUGGACGGAAUGAACGGUGGAGAGGAGAACAGUGGCGGGGUGUUCGUCAUUGGCGCCACUAAUCGUCCGGAUCUAUUGGACACGGCCUUGCUUCGGCCUGGCCGUUUCGACAAAAUGUUGUACUUGGGCGUGUCAGAUACGCACAGGAAGCAGGCGACCAUUCUGGAGGCGCUUACCAGGAAAUUUGCGCUUCAUCCAGACGUGUCUUUGGAUCGGGUGGCCGAGAAGCUUCCACUGACGUACACUGGUGCUGAUUUGUACGCUCUUUGUGGAGAUGCCAUGCUGAAAGCCAUCACGCGAAAGUCUACCGCUGUUGAUGAAAAGAUCAAGCAGCUGCCUGGUGGACCUGUUACCACUGCGUACUUCUUUGACCACCUGGCCACUCCGGAGGACGUUUCGGUAACAGUCAUGGAGGAGGACUUUAUGGAGGCACAGGGGGAGCUGGUUCCCAGUGUUAGUCUCACAUCUAGCAGUGCCAAGGAAUUGGAACACUUCGAGCGAAUUCGGCAAACAUUUGAGUCUGUCGACAAGCAGAAACAGGAUCCUGCAGCCGCUGCUCCUCAAACGAUUGCAGAGGCCAUGGAGGCAUUCAGCUUGGGCGAUUCAAGUUUCUCCGAAAUCCCGACGACCAAUGGUGAAAACGGCUUUCCAGGAAGUAUUCACGACCGUAUCAAAGGCUUGAAGCAAUGGCCUGGAGGUAUUGUCCGGAGUGCAUCGGGCCAGUCCAACACAAGCAGCAAAGGCAAAGGCAAGAGCAUCAAGAAGGGCAAAGACUCGCGAGCUGGAGCAGAGUCUGAUGGCUCGGUUGAUGGCGAUGAAGAUAUGGCAAAUGGUCUGGUAGAUGAUGACGAAGAUGACUACAUCGUAAGAACAGACCAUCUGGCAAAUCCUAUGGAGGAAGUGGAGUAG